AUGGCGAUGGUGCGGAUUGAAACGGCUACAACACUAAAGCUGACUGUUGAUGACUUUGAGUUCCGGACAGAACAAUUCCUUCCAUACCUGGAGUCCAUCUUUGGGCUGCUCUUCCAGCUGCUGCAGCAGGUGACAGAGUGUGACACUAAGAUGCAGGUGCUCCAUGUUAUCUCCUGCGUCAUCGAGAGAGUGAACACCCAGAUCCGACCAUACGUAGGCUGUUUGGUUCAGUACCUGCCCCUGCUCUGGAAACAGUCUGAAGAACACAACAUGCUCCGAUGUGCCAUACUCACUACACUCAUCCACCUUGUGCAGGGCCUUGGGGCAGAGAGUAAGAACCUUUACCCUUUCCUUCUUCCUGUUAUCCAGCUGAGUACCGACGUUUCUCAACCACCACACGUCUACUUGCUUGAGGAUGGGCUGGAGCUUUGGUUGAUGACUUUGGAGAACAGCCCAGCUAUCACUCCAGAGCUGCUCAGAAUCUUCCAGAACAUGUCAGCUCUGCUGGAGCUGAGCUCCGAGAAUCUCCGUACCUGUUUUCAGAUUAUCAAUGCCUACCUAUACUUGUCUGCCACAGAGUUCCUACAGAAUUACGGCGAAUCGUUGUGCAGAUCAUUUUGUGAUCUUCUAAAGGACAUUACAAAUGAGGGACAAGUCCAAGUACUAAAGGUGGUUGAAAUAGCUUUAAAGGUUAGUCCCAUACUGGGAGCCCACAUGUUUCAGCCCCUGCUGCCAGCUGUCUUUAGAGGUAUCGUUGACGGGGAGCGUUAUCCAGUGGUGAUGUCCACAUACCUUGGCAUCAUGGGUCGUGUUCUACUCCAGAACUUCAGCUUCUUUUCCUCGCUGCUCUCACAAAUGGCUUCUGAAUGCAACCAGGAGAUAGACCAUUUGUUCGGAAGUAUGAUUGAGAUGUGGGUGGACCGCAUGGACAACAUAACCCAGCCUGAGAGGAGGAAAUUAUCAUCGUUGGCUCUCCUUUCUCUUCUACCUUCUGACAACAGUGUGAUCCAGGACAAAUUUUGCGGCAUCAUUAACAUUUCUGUGGAAGCAUUGCAUGAUGUGAUGACGGAGGAUCCAGAAACAGCGACAUUUAAAGACUGCAUGUUGAUGAUCCAUUUUGAAGAGCCCAAGCUAAGUGAUGAAGAGGAGCCACCAACUGAGCAAGAUAAGAGGAAGAAACUUUUGGCCCUGGAGGACCCUGUCCACAGCGUGUCUCUUCAGCAGUUUGUCUAUGAAAAACUGAAGGCACAACAAGCUAUGAUGGGGGACCAGAACUUCGGGGUCCUAAUGGAGACUGUGGACACAGAGCUGGUCAGGCAGCUCCAAGAAUUCCUGCAAGCCCUCUGAACAUAGCAGUCCUGCACUUCCUUAUACAAAUUAUUCUCUACCACCAUUUGAAAGAAACAAAAAUGGCUAACGAUCUAUCUGUUGUGUUUGAACUUCCAACUCAGACCUUCCCAACGUCUACCCAGACUAUGCCUUAUCUAUAUUCAAUCCUAGCCUUGUCCAGCACUCUUUGUCCCCUUCGAUGUGAUGUGUGGGUGCCUACAAAUGUUUCAAGACUUUCAAAACACCCACAUGUAGAUAUCAUACCAGAGCUUCCAUUCAAUUCUUCUAGUUUCUUAACUUCAGAAAGGUUUGACUUGAGACAGGUUAAAAGGUAUGAUUGAUUGAUAAUGGAGAAAUAUAUAAAAAUCAGCUACAGGAGCCAAACUAGAAGCCUUGGACUGUUUUCCAAAGGAGGAUAAAAAAUAUUCAGAUUGUAAAACAAAUGUGUAUUGAAAAAAAGGAAUAAUAACCCGAAGGAUCUUAAACAGUGUUUACAGAAUUUAUUCUUAAAGGACAAAAAAGAAAUGUAAUUUUCUAUGUGUAUGAAUGAUGAUUUCUAAUUUUGUCAUAAGAGGUCAGCUUGAAGUUACUACUGAGUGAUUGUUUUUAUUUUCUUUUUUUUUUUGUUCAUAAGUGCGCUGAACCAUAUUUUAUGUAUAUACUAACUGCUGCUAAUAGAUGGUGUUUCAGAACACUUCGGUCACCAAAAACUUCUUUACAGUUCUUUUUUUCAUGUUCACCAUUUCGAUUCUUGAUUUCAUCAAUUAUGGAGCAUUUUAUUUCAUUUUGGCAGAUCAAAGAUUUACUCAGUUUCAAUUGAGAGAGCUUAAUUAUAAAUUACAGCUUGAAAUGUUGUUUUAUUGUAAAUUAGAAGUUAUGGAAGGGAAACUCAGAUCUGAUAAAGAAAGAACCUCUGUUCAUGUUAUAAAUUUGAUUUAAAAUUUAUUGUGCAAAAAAGUUCCUUCAUUACUUUAGUUUGAUAGGCCUCAUAGGUACAGUAAGAUGUGAGACAGUAGCUCCUUUGAUACUGUGUCAGAUUUGCAGCCUUGUGCUUUCAGACCUGCCUUCCAUUGAAACCUGGAAGCCCAUUUUUUAGUUAUCUGUAGUUUCAGCCAGUUUAGUAGUAGAGAAUGUUGUUACUUUUUACAUUUUUUAGUGGGUUUAGCUUUGAACACCACACACAAAGUAGACUAUGAUACUGUUUUUUGUUUUGUUUUUUUUGUGGGAAAUAAUACCUGUUUUUCUUCUCUAGCCUUUAAUAAAAUGUAAGUAAUCAGCCAGAGCAGCUGUCGCCUUCUUGUACCCAUCUGUGUAGCUGGAAAACACCAACCCUGCUGGUGGUCAUUCAAACUGCUAUUGUUUUACAAUCUGUUUGAUUUUAAGUUUCAAAUAGCAGAGUAAUCCCAGGUCCUAAAAGAGUUACAACAAAUUAUACAAAUUAUUUAAAGUACUUUGGGUCAGGACUGGAAUUGUCAAACAAUAGUUGUAUGCAUAACAUAGCAAUGCUGUAUGACUUUGGGCUUUUUUAUGCAUUUGGUAAACAUUGAAAGAUAAGUCUAUUCACUUGUCAAUCAAACAAUUUAAGGAAGAACUGGUAACUUAUAUUUGAUGUUGAUGACGAGCAGCGUUGAAUUGGUGAGUUCCGGCAAACCAUUUAAUGAUAUCUAGGCGAAGAUAAAUAUGUUUGUGAAAGUUCAUCUGAAUAUAUAUAUUUUUUUAUAUAUUAAAAUUUAUUUGGGUGAGACUUUGCUAGAAAAGGAUAGUUGUAGCAUACCAAAACAACAAACUGGAAUAAUUAGGAAAAUAGCAUCAGAAAUUCUAGGAAAACGGAGCAAAGCUCAACUACAUCCGUGCUGCUGGCUCAUUAUUAUCACGGUGCUCUCGGCUGAAAGAACUCGAAAAACAAGGAAACAACAUUAUGGAA